GUGCAAUAUAAAGGAGGAUAAUGAGAAGGAAGCUCGUUAAUUCGGCAGGGCAAGGUCAUACUCAUACACCAUCUCCCAAUCAUCGUCAAUGGCGUCUGCCGGAAAGGAGGAGCAGGUCAGUGCUACCCCAACCGUGGACGCUGGCCAAGCGCGAGCGCUCCUGAGCUCCGGCGGCGGAGGUCACGCGUAUCUGGACGUCAGGCUGCCGGUGGACUUCGACAAGGACCAUGCCGCCGGCGCCGUCAACGUACCCUACUACCUCGCCGUUACUCCCCAGGGGAAGGAGAAGAACCCGAAAUUCGUGGAGGAAGUAGCUGCGCUCUAUGGGAAGGAACAUCACUUGGUCGUGGCUUGCCGCACUGGCGUGAGAUCCAAGCUUGCGACCGCGGACCUCGUAAAUGCGGGGUAUGAGAACGCGAGGAGCCUGCAAGGUGGCUACGUUGCCUUCCUCCAGAGCGCAGCCGCGGAUCAGCAGCCAGCACCUCAGCAGUUGUGAACUUGACUCAUGCAUGAAUGCAUGAUCAAGCGGAAUAAAUUCGGAACUUCUUUACAUGUGCCCACCAUGUUUUCCUUUUUGAACUCUUCACCAUGUUCAUGAUGAUGUAAAGACACGGGAGUUGUGUGUACGAAUGGGAAUCUGUCACCAUUUCAACGGGCCGGGGUUGGGGCAUAUAUGUCUGCAGAUUUGCGCUUGAGGAUGUUUUUCACAUUGUGUUUCCAUUGAUGAUUGAUUGUUGUCUCC